GUCCCCGCAGCGGAGAUCGCGGACGCGGGACCGAGCCCCUCCGACGCCCAGCAUGGACCUGGAAACCAAAAUGAAGAAGAUGGGCUUGGGUCAUGAACAAGGAUUUGGAGCCCCGUGUCUAAGAUGCAAAGAGAACUGUGAAGGCUUUGAACUGCACUUCUGGAGAAAAAUAUGCCGUAACUGCAAAUGUGGGCAAGAAGAACAUGAUGUCCUCUUGAGCACUGAGGAGGAUCGGAAAGUGGGAAGACUCUUUGAAGACACCAAGUACACCACCCUGAUUGCCAAGCUGAAGUCAGAUGGAAUUCCCAUGUAUAAACGCAAUGUUAUGAUAUUGACCAAUCCAGUUGCUGCCAAGAAGAAUGUCUCCAUCAACACUGUUACCUAUGAGUGGGCUCCCCCCGUCCAGAACCAGGCAUUGGCCAGACAGUACAUGCAGAUGCUGCCAAAGGAGAAGCAGCCAGUGGCAGGCUCAGAGGGGGCGCAGUACCGGAAGAAGCAGCUCGCCAAGCAGCUCCCUGCACAUGACCAGGACCCUUCGAAGUGCCACGAGUUGUCGCCCAAAGAGGUGAAGGAGAUGGAGCAGUUUGUGAAGAAAUACAAGAGCGAGGCUCUGGGAGUGGGUGACGUGAAGCUCCCCUCUGAGAUGAAUGCUCAGGGGGACAAGAUGCACAGCCCUGCUGGGGACAGAAACACUCCAGCAGCUGUGGUCUCCAAGGACAAGUCUGCUGAGCCCAAGAAGACACAAUAUUCCUGUUACUGCUGCAGACUGGCCAUGAAGGAAGGAGACCCAGCCAUCUAUGCGGAAAGGGCCGGCUACGAUAAACUCUGGCACCCGGCUUGUUUCAUCUGUAGCAUCUGUGGUGAACUCCUGGUCGACAUGAUCUACUUCUGGAAGAAUGGGAAGCUGUACUGCGGCAGACAUUACUGUGACAGUGAGAAGCCCCGCUGUGCUGGCUGUGAUGAGCUGAUAUUCAGCAAUGAGUACACCCAAGCAGAGAACCAGAACUGGCACCUGAAGCACUUUUGCUGCUUUGACUGUGACAACAUCCUGGCAGGAGAAAUAUACGUGAUGGUCAACAACAAACCUGUGUGCAAGCCUUGCUAUGUGAAGAACCAUGCUGUGGUGUGUCAAGGAUGCCACAACGCCAUCGACCCGGAAGUGCAGAGAGUGACCUACAAUAACUUCAGCUGGCAUGCAUCCACAGAGUGCUUCCUAUGUUCCUGCUGCAGCAAGUGUCUUAUCGGGCAGAAGUUCAUGCCCGUCGAAGGGAUGGUUUUCUGUUCCAUGGAGUGUAAGAAGAUGAUGUCCUAGGAGGAGAGCACUGAGCAGUCUUGAGCCAUAGCUGUCCAAAGUGGCCUGCAUUUCACAAUAAAAUGCAAUUCAAAAACAAUAAUAAUAAAAGGAAAAAAAACUAUAGAGCAAACCAGAAGAUUUUGUCCAAAAUUUUCCUUUUUUUUAACCUUAUGAAUUUUGUCUGUCUUAAUUUUAAAUUACUGCCUUAAGCAUGUGAUUUAAAAAAAAUAAUAAUAAAACAGUAAAGAAUUGUAGCUUUUAUUUCCACACAUGAAAUCUUUGAGCUGGAAGCUUGAAUUUAAUCAAUCUUUGUAAUUGCCUACCCCUAGUGCCAAAUUAUAUAUAUAUAGUCACUUAAAAGUUAGUGUCCUGGGACAGAUGAACAUUUUGACUCCUAUACUGUGAUUCACAUGGAAAAUGUAGAGGAAAUGAAUUAGAUGUUGCCUGGUGCGACACUCCACACUUAGCCUGUCUCAUGGAACUGUGGGAUGAUGCUCAGUGAGGUCCUUCUGGCCGACACUCAUGUGGUCAUAGUGGGUGUUCCGAUGCCGAAACCUUCGCAUCUCCUCCUUGAGACAAAGGGGACUCUUUCUUACUGCAUUUCGUUGUAUUUACUUUACCUCUCCGAGUUCUCUUUUGUCAUCUAGUGACUUCCAUUUAUGGCCUUGAAUAUUUUAUAUGUAUGUGGUGAAACAAUAUGUGCACUUUCCCCUUAGAGAUUUUUUUUUUUUUUUUUU